AUGCAGUCCCUCUUUUCCGUGACAAACAACGUCUCCCUCGUCACUAUCAACGUCACUCCCGGUACCUUUCUCGCCGUCGUCGGUCUGCUGCUCUGCUUCCUCACCCUCUACAUCCCAGUCGUCCCCCAUAUACGCCUCCCCCGUGUAUCACUCCCGCGUAACCUCGUCUCGUCCUCGCACAACAGCGAAUCACCCGCCGCCUCGUCGUCGGCCCUCAUUCGGAGUGUCACCAGCGCCUCAUUCUCCCCCGCCCCUUCCUCCUCCACUGCCCUCGCUGCUGCUGUUAAGGCUGCUCCCCCCACCACUACUGGCCGUCGACAUAGACUCCAAAAAGCCCUACCUGCAUUACCACCGCCACCAGGCCCAUCGCGUGCUUCUGCGCUGCCCGCCCCCCCAUCACUGAUUGAGCAGCUGACGCCUUCGCGCCAGCUUGCGCUCCCGGACUUUAUCUCCUCCUACUGGAGUGGUCGUCGCCGCACUCGCCGCGAUUCGACCCCUCCUCCUCACACACCACAUCUCAAACAUGGCACUGACACAAUCACCGCCGCCCCUGCGUCCAUCGCCAGCCGCAACGAGCUUGCCCCCGUCGCCGGAGCCAGACGGGACAGCAGGACCUACUCAGGACGACGAGCUUCUUCUGGACGCAUCUCUGCAAGACUUCGAGUCACCACCCAGCCCCUCGACCGAGGCCACCUCGUCCGCCUCGACUCACCCGUCCUCGACUCGUCCGUCCUCGGUGCUUCCCGGCAGCGAUCGCCGCCCCCGUCGUCGCCGUCGAACCUCGACGCCGAAUCGGAGGCGGACUCCGCCGCUGGUGGCUUCUCACCACCGGCGUGGCGGAAGCUCGACAACGGCAGACGCAGCGCCGGCUUCUGGAAGGGUCGUCUACAUGAUGGCCCUGCCCUCGGCGCCACUGCCCUCGGCUACCAGCUCACGGACCCUUCCUCGCCUAUCGCCAAUGCAGGAAACAGUGUAGGCGAGAAGGAGGAUGAUGACAGUGACAUUGGGAACGCCUCGGACACGACAAGCAUACUGCAACAUUUCCGCAUAGCCCUCCGCGCCGAGGUUCAGCAGCGCACUGAGCCUAUCGAGGCCACCGUCUCCUUUCUGCGCAAGCGCUACCAGGCCGUGACGUCCUCGUGGCUCGCCGUCAUCAUCAACACCCUUAUCGCGCUCCUCAGCAUCCUCUUCGUCAAGACGCUCCUACAGCCUGUCGCUUCGCGCCCGGCUGGUGACCUCGUCAAGGUGGCCGGCGUCGCGCGCUCCUUUGAGCCGCUCAUUUACUACUCGGAGAACGCCGUUGCCCAGGUGCACGACCUGCAGGCCACGAGCGUGGCUGUCUGGGACCUCGGCGAGAGCGUGCGUUCUAGCGACAUGCGCGACGCCGCGAGCAUCGUCUCCGACCUCGACGCCCUGAGCGAGACGAUGAGGACCCUGUCUGUCGAGAUGACCAAGUUCUUUGCCCGCGUUGACGGCGACGUGGACGGUAUACUCAACGUCAUGGACUGGGCUAGGAUGCACCUCAGCCGCCUCCACAACGCCCCCGCGCCGUCGACCAUAUCGGCCGCCUACGACAACAUUCACAACAUGCUCUCCCAGGCGCGGGUUCUCGAGGACGCGCAAGGCACCCCCACGCCGCUCGGAAACCUGGCCACGCGCGUCUUUGGCCUGUCUAACCCGCAGCGCGAGCAGCGACUCAUCCAGCUGCUCUUCACCGAGUUCCUGACCGUCCUCGAGGACAGCAUCGCCGCCGAGCUCCAGCACAGCGUCACCCUGUUCGCUCUCUUCGAAGCUGUCGACCGCCACUUUCUCAACCUCGCGCGCGCCGUCGUCCGCGAGUCGUCCGCACAGGAGGCCCUGCACGCCGACGCCCUCGCCGGUCUCUGGGUGCGCCUGCUCGGGGCCCGCGCCAACGAGCUCGCCAAGUUUGCCCGCAACCGCGACCUCCUCCGCGACGUCCGCGACAAGACGGUCCGCAACAAGCGCGUCCUCAUCGACCAUCACGGACGUCUUCUCACCCUCAAGGCCUCCCUGGAGAGUCUUCGUGGGAGGCUCGUCUCCCCGCUCGUCCGCGGCGUCGCGAACAGCUCCGGCGCGACCGCCACGCUCCUCUCCCUCGAAGACCAGAUUCACGGCAUCACCUCGGUCAGCGAGUACCUGGCCGACCUGAGACGACACCAAAAGGGCAGGAUCAUGGAGACUCUCUUUGCCGGCGUUCCUGGGCAGCGCAUCCCCGUCACAGGUGGCGGUGCCACUAGUGGCGGUGAGAUUGGCGGCUUCGACGCCCACGGGAAGAGGAUUUAA